AUGUCGGAACUCACUUUCGACACUCUCAUCGACGAUGGAAACUACCAGGGCUCAGAGCGUGCGAGGCUCGAGAACAAAGUCAUCCUCGACGAGCUGGAGCGGAAGAAGAAAGCUCGCAGCCUCGCAGUGCCCACCGACGACAACCGUGUAAAGGCUAGGCUGCGGGAGAUAGGAGAGCCCAUCACCCUCUUCGGAGAGCGCGCGGCAGAUCGCAGAGACCGUUUAAUAUAUGUCCUCUCACAAAUCAAUGCGGCCCGCGGAGAUGAUACUAUGCAAGUCGACGAUGAGUCGAGCGAUGAGAGCGAGGAGGAGGAGGAGGAGUUCUACACUCCGGGCUCACUAGAGCUCUUGGAGGCUCGUAAACGAUUAGCGGAGUACUCGCUUCCCAGAGCUCAAAAACGAGUCGCUCAGCAGCGAAUAGACAGCAAAAUACCUCUGGGCCGAAUCAUUGAUAUCCGAAAGAAGAUCUUUGCUGAAGUCAAGCGGUUUGGCGAGCUAGGCUCUCAGAUUGGUGAUGAGCGACCUAUAUCGCAAGUUCGAUUCUCUCCAAACAGCCAAAUUUUGGCGACUGGUAGUUGGUCAGGUAGCGUCAAAAUGUGGAACGUGCCAAAUUGCACGCCGAUACGAACGCUUCGCGGUCACAGUGAUAGAGUGGGGGGUGUGGCAUGGCAUCCCGAAGCUACACUUUCACAGAGCGAAGAGACUGUCAAUCUCGUGAGCGGCGCGGCUGACAUGUGCGUUCAUUUAUGGUCGUUGAAUAGCGAGACACCGUUAUCCGUCAUGAAGGGGCAUGUAGAUCGGAUCUGCAGAGUAGCUUUCCACCCCAGUGGAGAUUAUGUAGCUAGCGCGAGUUUUGACACUACGUGGAGAUUGUGGGACGUUGCAACUGCGAAGGAAUUGCAACUUCAGGAGGGUCACUCGAAAGAGGUAUAUGCAAUAGAAUGUCAGGAAGAUGGAGCCCUGGUGGCCUCUGGGGGUCUGGAUGCAAUUGGGCGAGUAUGGGAUCUUCGGACUGGUCGUACGGCGAUGGUUUUGGAUGGCCAUGUUCAAGGAAUCUUCUCAAUCGCGUUCUCGCCGAACGGGUACCAGAUUGCAACAGGCUCAGGCGAUGACACAGUUCGGAUAUGGGAUAUGCGUUCGCUCAAGGCGCUGUACACCAUUCCUGCUCAUCUAUCCAAUGUCGCUGAUGUCCGAUUCUUCCGUGGGCGGGACCUCCCAUACAACCUCAUCACUGACAAAGAUAUUGUCAUGAACGGCACUGACGAACAGUCCGAAACCGAGAUUUCGGAAGCGCAAGAGGCUGAGGAGCGGACGUAUCGGGCAGGGCUGUACCUGGUAAGUGCCGGGUACGACGGACUGGUCAAACUAUGGAGUGCAGAUGACUGGCAACUCCUGCGCACGCUGCCGACGGAUGGUGGGAAAGUCAUGUCUGUGGAUCUUUCAAAUAAUGGAAAGUAUCUCGCAUCCGGGACGUAUAAUCGCAAUUUCCAGAUGUUUACUCCAGAUGACGCGCCGGCAUAUAUCAUGGCGGAGGAACUGCAGGAACGGCAGCCCUUACUACGGGCCCAGGAUAUCGACACAACGGAAGUGUACCCUAUUAUUCACAUGAUUCGAGAUGAUAUCACGCAUUAUAUUGAUACGCCCCUCACUUAUGAAGCACUGACUGCCCCGGAUCUCACCUACACCCUCGUCCGUCCUCUUGAGGAGAAAUACAACGCGCUUCAGCGCCGCGGAAACCUCUCGGUCGUGUUCUGCUUCUUGCUCAACCGAGUAUAUUUCCGCCGCGACGAGCACUUAACGACUGCUGCUCUCUCACGCACUCGCGCAAUGCUCUGCGAGAUUCUCGCUAUCCGGACUCUCCGAGAACACGGAACCAACAUGUUAGAACUCGCACUAGCUGUCACCACAAGCUGGCCCGUGUACUCUGGAGCCCCUCCAGAGCUUCUUGAACGUGCUAGGGAGGAGAUGGACGACGACUUGGAGGAGAGGGUUGGUAACGCGAUUGAAAUGGCCAUUCUGGGUCAAGCAAAACGCUUCACAAGCAGUUCUGCAUGUCAGAAAGUCAUUGAUGGGAUUUGGAGGCAAGCACCACCUGCCGACAGCAGCCGUUCAAUUCUCUCUGACACGUAUAAACGCACCCCCAUCCACUUCUACGAUCCUCACAAGGCGCCUCUACUGGACCAUUAUCGACUAAAAGUACCUGCUAUUCGGUCUGUACUGGAGUUCAUGAACUUUCUCAUCUUGUUUACUCUAUUCGUUAUUGCGCUGGAGUUCAACGAGAGCGAUCAUAUAAACGCUGCAGAAGCUGUAUUUAUGAUAUACGCACUCGGAUUCACGCUGGAGAAAAUCGCAGCGAUGCAAGAACACGGAAUGAAAGUGUAUUUCAAGGGCACAUGGAACGGGUUCGAUUUAGCCUUCGUGACGCUUUACUGCACAUACGCAAUACUGAGAUUAAUUGGAGUAUACAACUACCGUACGUUUUCGUCCUUCUCUAUACCCCUGUCAAAAACAGCCGCUGAGCGAAUGGUCUGGAAUUCUAUCUGGUUACGGAUUCUUCCAGAUCAUUGGGCAAAGCUCUUGGGGGUUGACUUUCUCGCUGUAAUCGCGGUGCUCAUGUUUCCGAGGCUGGCGUUUGUGUCAUUGCAGAACAAUGUAAUGGUCCUCGCUCUGCGUGCUAUGAUAGUUCAGUUCGUUGCGCUUAUGGUCAUCGCUGCUUUUUGUUUUGGCGGUUUCCUAUACGCUCUCUGGACGUUGAGUAGGACUCAAGCUGGAUAUUCGGCAGGACAAAUCGCCUGGUGGAUGCUUGACCUCUGGUUCGGGCUAGACGCGAGUGGCUUUGAAAACGCGAUGGAGUUCCAUCCCGUCUUUGGACCAAUCAUAAUGGUUGCGUACGCCUGCUUGAGUAAUACCCUACUAUUGACUGUUCUUGUUUCGAUUCUGUCAAACACCUUUGCUACCAUUAACGACGACGCUACAGCCGAGGCAAGCUAUGUUUCGUCGGACAGUCCUAACCAUAGAAGGGACCUGUGCAGCGUGAAGGCUGACCCAUUGUUCUCGUAUCAACCUCCCAUCAACCUGAUCGCUCUUUGUGUCAUGUUACCGGCCAGUUAUUUGCUCAGCCCUCGCUGGUUCCAUAAGGUCAAUGUAUUCAUGAUUCGACUGACGAGCUUUCCCUUGUUGCUACUCAUUGCAUGGUAUGAGAGACAAGCAAAACGGAGUGGAGCAUUUACGUUCUACGAAACCAUUUCAUCGGUCAUGGACAAGGCCCUUGACACACUUCCUCGAACGCUCAAGCGCAUGUCUUUCUUUGAGGGCUUAUCUGGCCCAGAUGCAGACAUCGAUGUCAUUUUUGAACUCGGGCAAGAAUACGAUGAAAGUGCUCUAGAUACGAGCGAAGGUAACGAAAUACCACCCGUCGACAUGCCCAGACAACGGCGAUUCUCGCAAGCAUCUCGGCGACGCGUAUCGCAGACCAGCGGGCCGUCCACUCCCCCGAACUCAUCAAUGAAGAAUGAGGGUCGAUCAGGGCCGUCCAUCCCGCUUCCGCGUAAUCGCCUAAAUUCGAUCGUAACCCGCGGCCUUGAUUUCACCCAGAACAUUAGCAGUCCGCUCGCGCAAGUGUUCCAGCCGCUGGUAGUAGAUGACGACGCCACGGAUGAGCAGUCUGUGGACAACGGAAGUGGGCUUGUCAGCUACGGCCCUGCUUCGCGCCGUCGACUCACAUCGAUGCCGCGCAGGCCCACCGGCUUUGCGCACAACGACGUCUUCAGUGGACCUUCUCAAAACCAAUCGACGGCCCUGAGGAGGUUCCCGACAUACAGCUCGGGAGGGAAAUCAAACAUGCUGGGUUCACAAAUGCUAUCUUCAAGCCCAGAUGCUAAAUCCAGCAGCGAGCCUCUAGAAACCGCGGAGGAAGCAGAAGAGAGCGGUCCUGUAGGGUUGCAAGAGCGACUGGACGCUAUCGACGAGAAGCAGAAGAGGAUCGAAGACCUGCUCUUACAAAUAUCCAGACAAUUCGACACCAUCUCGUAG